AUGGAAAUAGUAAACGAAGGGUGGGUUUUUAAGCAGUCCAAGUAUUUGAAGCGGUUGCGAAAGAGGUACAUGAUACUGACGAAGAAUUUUAUCUGCUCCUUUAAGUCGCAGUAUUACCAGGCGGAGAAGCCCACCGAGAUCUUGUACCUAAAUAAUUUCACCGAGCUGACCUCCCUGGAGGAUCUCCGGAAAAUAAAGCUCGUGGAAAAUGAGUUGGGCCUGACCAACGUGCACUUGUUUAGCAUAAGAUACAAUAACAGGAAAAUUAUGUUUGCCACUGUGGACAGGGAGGAGAAGCACAUGUGGAUAAAGCACAUCAGCAGGCAAAUGAUCAAACCUACAGUUUUGCUCAGCGAGUGA